UUUAUCGGACGAUAUAAAGCGUGAUGUCGACGUAUCACGACUUGGUCGGAAGGAUCAUCGGUUCUAUUCUACUUCGAAUUGUAUUUCAAAUUCCCUUAGUUUUUUAUCUGGCCAUUUUCAGGAAAGUAAGAAAAUAGUUCGGAGCGUUUCGAAAUUCCCGCGAUAUCCGCGUCACGUACGCGCGAAACUUACGACGCGUUUGAAAUUACGCGCUUCACGUAAAGCGCCGAUUGCACCGAUUAUUAGUGAAAUAUCUCGCGCGCUAUACGAUGCCCUCGCAUUCGUCGCCCGUUGUUCAUUCGGGACAGACGCAGAAGAAGAAGGUCAUUCCAUUCAUGGAGUAUCUGCUGCAAGCUCGCGGUCACCAACGCAGUUCUUCAGAUACGCAGGCGUUUCGCGAGCGUACGAAAAGAGAUGCACGGGCCGAGCUGCAACGCGAACUCGAGAAACUGCAGGCGACUGCACGCGAGGACAAGAAAGAAUUGAUGGGCCGGCAGUUCGCCGGAUUCAAGCAUCUGUUCGAGCGAUUCCUGCAGGAAGAGGGUCCGUCCUUAGAAUGGGAUCACAUUCAAAAGCUGCCCGAAGAGGCGGUCAAAGACUACAACUCUUUGCCAUCACCGGAAAAUAACGAGGUGAAGGCGUUAUUGGACAAAUUGGUUGUGGUUAAAUUAAAUGGUGGUCUCGGAACAAGUAUGGGAUGCCACGGACCGAAAUCCGUCAUCGCCGUGCGAAAUGGACUUACCUUUUUGGAUCUCACCGUUCAACAAAUCGAGCACCUGAAUAAAACGUACAAUGCCAACGUGCCACUCAUAUUGAUGGAUUCAUUUAAUACGGAUGACGACACGCAACGUAUAAUUAGGAAAUACAAGGGAAUCGACAUAGAUAUUUACACUUUUAAUCAGAGUUGUUAUCCGCGCAUUAAUAGGGAUUCUCUACUUCCGAUCGCUAAGCAUAGUCAAGUCGAUGAGGAUAUAGAAGCUUGGUAUCCACCUGGUCACGGAGAUUUUUAUGAUAGUUUCCUGAACUCUGGUUUACUUAAAAAGUUUAUUCGAGAGGGUCGUGAAUAUUGUUUCAUCUCAAAUAUAGAUAAUCUUGGUGCCACAGUGGACAUUAAAAUCUUGAAAUUAUUGUUAAGUGAACCAGCAGAACCCAGUCUUGAAUUUGUCAUGGAAGUAACAGAUAAGACACGAGCGGAUGUCAAAGGUGGUACACUUAUAAAAUAUGAGGAUAAACUUCGUCUCCUUGAAAUAGCUCAAGUACCUAAGGAUCAUGUCGACGAUUUUAAAUCCGUCAAAACAUUUAAAUAUUUCAAUACCAACAAUCUCUGGAUUAAACUCAGUGCCAUUGAAAGAGUACUUGAAAAGAAAGUGCUGAAUAUGGAGAUAAUAGUAAAUAACAAAACUUUCGCGAAUGGUUUGAAUAUAAUACAACUUGAAACAGCAGUAGGAGCUGCUAUGAAAUCAUUCGAAGGAAGUAUUGGUAUUAAUGUGCCACGUAGUAGAUUUCUGCCAGUAAAAAAGACUUCUGAUCUGAUGCUCGUUAUGAGUAAUUUGUAUACUCUACGUAAUGGAUCUCUCGUAAUGAGUCCUCAAAGAAUGUUCCCGACAACGCCUCUCAUUAAAUUAGGGGACAAUCAUUUUUCAAAAGUGAAAGAAUUUCUGACUAGAUUUCCGACAAUUCCGGAUCUUCUUGAAUUGGAUCAUUUAACAGUCUCAGGUGAUGUUACCUUUGGAAAAGGGGUGACACUGAAAGGCACAGUUAUUAUAAUCGCCAACCAUGGAGAACGCAUAGAUUUACCCUCUGGAACAGUUUUGGAAAAUAAAAUUGUAUCGGGCAACUUACGUAUAUUGGAUCACUAAUUUACAACAGAAAGCAUAAUAUCUUGUCCUCUUGCAGAAUUUGUAUAAAUGUAUGAGAGCAUAGUAUGUCUUAUUUGUAUCUUAAAUUAACUAGUCAAGCAAUUUAAUUGUAUAUAUUCAUAAUGUAUUUUAGAAAGAAAAUCGAAGAUAUAUAUAUUUCUAUAGAAAUUAUUUUACUGAAAAUAUACUGUACAUAAGAACUUAAUGUGUAUCUCACAAAGUAUCACGUAAAUUAUAUAUAGAAUAUAUACUAUGUUA